AUGAGGAGGAAAGUUGACGAACUGGAAGCCAAAACAUCUGUCCUGAGUAUUGAGAGGGCAGAAUUGAAAAACAAGCUCAUGGAUUCAGAAACUACCACCACAUAUCUUACCAACACCCAGAAAGAAUUGGAAGCAGCUCUUGUGGAGAAAGAGAGCCAUAUCAACCAAAUGAAAGAGAAUGCAGCUGCUUCAAACCCAGAUCAGACAACUAUAAAGGAACUCCUGCAGCAGAAAGAAGCUGAGCCUGAGCUUGACAAAUCUGAAAAUGCUAGUGAUUCCAUUCCUGCUACAGUAGAAGAUAAUUCCAACAGUACUACUAUAUCAGAGAGCAACCACAAUGAUGAGAGCAUUGUAGUGGGAGAAAACACCGAAAAUGCAACUUCUGAAACCGUGGUACUUGAUAAAUCUGAAAACCCCAGUGGUUCCAUGUCUGCUCCAGCAGAAGAAAAUUCAAGCAACACUAAUCCAUCAGAUACCAGCCACCAAGAUGAGGGCAUUGUAGUGGAAGCAAAAAACGUUAAUGCAACUUCUGACCUUGUGGUACUUGACAAAUCUGAAAACACCAAUGGUUCUGUACCUGUAGCAGAAGAACAAAAUUCCUACAACACCACUACAUGGGAGAGCAACCAACAAGAUAACAGUUCCUCACAAGAACAGCUCUUAAAGUUAACAACCAACAUAGAAGAUGUCCAGCUUCAAGAGAACAAAGGUGAUGCCAAUGAGCAAUCAAAUGAUGCUCCAGAGGGAAGCCAUUCAGAUAAAUCUGAGCCUCAACAGGGGGGAACCAAAAAGCGAUAG